AUGGGCGUGCCGUUGAGCGUCCUGUGGACACAAUAUUUCCCUCCACCACCAUCGCUUACUGAGAAGACCCUACCAAGACAGCAAGGCAAAGUUUUCUUAGUUACCGGCGGCAAUACUGGUAUCGGGCUCGAGCUCUGCAAGGUCCUCUACUCUGCUGGCGCCAAGGUGUAUCUCGCGGCUCGCUCAGCCCCGAAGGCGCAAGAGGCCAUCAAACGGAUCCUCUCUUCAUCUAGCGCACUACCUGCCCGGGAAGGUGGCGAGCUGGUUUACUUACCACUCGAUCUCGCGGAUUUAGACUCUGUCAAGCAAGCGGCACGGGAGUUUCAGGCCAAGGAGAAACUGUUGCAUGUGCUCUUCAACAAUGCCGGUGCAAGCGUGCUGCCCGUCGGCAGUGUCUCAAAGCAAGGCCACGAGCUGACAACGGCAACGAACUGUCUCGGCGCCUUCUUACUCACGCAGCUACUGCUUCCACAGCUAGAAGCUGCUGCAUCGUCGGCCCCCGAGGCGUCGGUGCGGGUGAUUUGGACGAGCUCGAUAUUAGUCGAGAUGGCGGCGCCGAAAGAUGGCCUCAAUAUUUCCACCAUUGAUAAGCCAUGUACCGCGACGCAGCGUACACCGAGAUACUGCGAGACCAAGGCUGGGAAUUACUUUCUUGCUUCGGAGUUUGCACGGCGCUAUACAAAGCGUACUGGCAUUGUGAGCUUGACGCAGAAUCCUGGAAAUCUUAAGUCGGACGUGUGGCGGAAUGUCGACGUUUUCACUUACUAUGCAGUUGCCUGGACUCUGUGGGAGUCGGUCAAGGGUGCAUACACAGAGCUCUGGGCCGGACUGUCAGAGGAGGUGAAGCUGGACGAUAGCGGGCGGUACGUUAUGCCAUUUGGCCGCUGGCAUCCCGGCCAGAGAGCGGAUAUCGAGCUAGCGCUGAGAAGCAAGGACGAAGGUGGGAGCGGCCGGGCUGCUGAGUUCUGGGAUUGGUGCGCCGAGCAGACUAGGAACUACGUGUGA